CGAGAGUAAGUGAAAGCCUGCAAACAAACUGCGUCACCGGGCUUUAAAGCGCUGGAGACCUGAUUGCAGAGGAGACCGCUAGCGUUUCACAUUAUAAACAUUAGUCGCCACUGCAAUUAGCUUGCUAGUCAACUACCUGCAAAAUGGUGAAGAUAGCGUUUAAUUCUGCUCUGGCGCAAAAGGCGCUCGGCAAGGAAGGAGAGGUGCUUGUUGCAGAGAAGGAUCCAGAGACGGCCUCUGUGUACAGCAAUGAGAGCUCCACCGGCCGCUGUCUGCUCACGCUGCUUGGACUGGCCUUCAUCCUGACCGGCCUCAUCGUCGGAGGGGCCUGUGUCUACAGGUACUUCACUCCCAAGAAGCUGUACCAUGGAGCCAUGCACUUCACAGAACUGGACAGCGAAGUGGUGCCUGUGGACAUGGAGACCCGUGAACCCUACUAUCUGCCCCGCGUGGAUGAGGACGUGGAGAUCCAAGACAGUGUGGCCAUCAUCAAUGUGUCCAUGCCACGCUUCGGGGAGGGCGACCCAGCCUACAUCCUGCAUGACUUUAAAAGGAAGCUGACUGCGUACCUGGACCUGAACCUGGGAAACUGCUUUGUGAUUCCUCUGAACACCUCAGUGGUUAUGCCCCCCCAGGACCUGCUGGACCUCUUCCAGCAGCUGAUGUCUGGCUCCUACAGGACCUACCUCGUGCACGAGGACCUGGUGGUGACGGAGCGAAUCGACAACGUGAGCAAGCUGGGCUUCUACAUCUUCCACCUGUGUGGAGGGAAGGACACCUACAGGAUGCAGCGCCGCAGUGAUGUCAUGGCAGGCAUUCAGAAGCGCUCAGUGGAGGAGUGCCUCACCAUUCGCCACUUCGAGAAUAAGUUUGUGACAGAGACGAAGAUCUGCAAGCCCUGAGCAG